AUGGCGCAACUCGACACUCUGGAUCUGGUCGUCCUAGUGGCUCUCUUGGUGGGUAGCGUUGCCUACUUCACCAAGGGGACCUACUGGGCUGUCGCCAAAGACCCCUACGCCGCCUCCGCCUCCGCGAUGAAUGGAGCCGCUAAGAGCGGUAAGACCCGCAACAUUGUUGAGAAGAUGGAUGAGACUGGCAAGAACUGUGUGAUCUUCUAUGGCUCGCAGACUGGUACCGCCGAGGACUACGCCUCGCGUCUGGCCAAGGAGGGCUCUCAGCGCUUCGGUCUGAAGACCAUGGUGGCCGAUAUUGAGGACUACGACUACGAUAACUUGGAUACUUUCCCCGACGACAAGGUCGCAUUCUUCGUCCUGGCCACCUACGGCGAGGGUGAGCCCACCGACAACGCCGUGGAGUUCUAUCAGUUCCUGACUGGCGACGAUGUGGCCUUUGAGAGCGGCGCCUCCGCCGAUGACCAGCCUCUGUCAUCCCUGAAGUAUGUCACUUUCGGUCUCGGAAACAACACCUACGAACACUACAACGCUAUGGUCCGCCAGGUUGAUACCGCUCUCACCAAGCUGGGUGCGAAGCGCAUUGGCUCCGCUGGUGAGGGUGAUGACGGUGCCGGUACCAUGGAAGAGGACUUCCUCGCCUGGAAGGAACCCAUGUGGACCGCUCUGACCGACGCCAUGAACCUUCAGGAGCGUGAAGCCGUCUACGAGCCUGUCUUCUCCGUUUCUGAGGAUGAGGAGGCUUCCCCCGAGGAUGAGACCGUCUACCUGGGAGAGCCGACUGCUGCCCACCGUGAGGGCCGCGCCAAGGGACCUUUCUCUGCUCACAACCCGUUCAUUGCCCCGAUUGUCGAAUCUCGCGAAUUGUUCACUGUCAAGGACCGCAACUGCCUGCACAUGGAAAUCAGUAUCGCUGGUAGCAACCUGAGCUACCAGACCGGUGACCACAUUGCUGUUUGGCCUACCAACGCCGGUGCGGAGGUUGACCGUUUCCUCGAAGUCUUUGGUAUUGCCGACAAGCGCCACUCUGUGAUCAACGUCAAGGGUAUCGAUGUUACUGCCAAGGUGCCCAUCCCAACUCCUACCACCUACGAUGCUGCUGUUCGCUACUACAUGGAAGCUUGCGCUCCCGUGUCCCGCCAGUUCGUCUCGACCCUCGCCGCCUUUGCUCCCGAUGAGGCCAGCAAGAACGAGAUUGUUCGUCUGGGUGCCGAUAAGGAUUACUUCCACGAGAAGAUCUCGAACCAUUGUUUCAACAUUGCCCAGGCUCUUCAGAGCAUUACCUCGAAGCCCUUUUCCGCUGUUCCUUUCUCUCUCCUUAUCGAGGGUCUCAACAAGCUCCAGCCCCGUUACUACUCCAUCUCUUCGUCUUCCCUGGUUCAGAAGGACAAGAUCAGCAUUACGGCUGUUGUCGAGUCCGUCCGUCUGCCCGGUGCUUCCCACAUGAUCAAGGGUGUUACUACCAACUACCUCCUGGCCCUGAAGCAGAAGCAGAAUGGCGACCCCACUCCUGAUCCUCACGGUCUGACUUACUCUAUCACUGGCCCUCGCAACAAGUACGAUGGCAUCCACGUCCCUGUUCACGUCCGUCACUCCAACUUCAAGCUGCCCUCCGAUCCCUCUAAGCCGAUCAUCAUGGUUGGCCCCGGUACUGGUGUUGCACCUUUCCGUGGUUUCAUUCAGGAACGUGCUGCUCUGGCCGCCAAGGGCGAGAAGGUCGGCACUACUCUCCUGUUCUUCGGAUGCCGUAAGCGCGAUGAGGACUUUAUCUACUCUGAUGAGUUCCAGACCUACCAGGAACAGAUGGGUGAUGCCCUGAAGGUCAUCACUGCCUUCUCCCGCGAGGGUACCCCGAAGGUGUACGUCCAGCACCGCCUGAAGGAGAACGCCGAGCUCGUCAGCGAGCUACUCAAGCAAAAGGCCAACUUCUACGUCUGUGGUGAUGCCGCUAACAUGGCCCGGGAGGUCAACUUGGUUCUCGGCCACAUCAUCGCCGAGCAGCGGGGUAUGCCGGCGGAGAAGGGUGAGGAGAUGGUCAAGCACAUGCGGAGUAGCGGUAGCUACCAGGAGGAUGUUUGGUCAUGA